AUGGACAUUUCUUCGCUACUUUCUCCUCCCGAGGCCACUCAGCCUCUGUCUCCUCCACCCGUGUCCAUGCAGUCACCUCGAAAGCAAAUGCGGAGACACCCAUCCGGCCCGGUCAAGCGUGGCCUGACCUCGUUGCCUCUUUCCCAUUCAGCAGUGCCUGCUUCCAAUAUUCCUCUCCACGUGUCCACUCCGACUCACCGGCCAACAGCCUCUUCUCCUUUGGCAAGUCCAACUACCGGUGUUCUACGCAAUUCGACACCGCCGCGCCUUGUGGAAGUGAGUCGACAAUCCUCUACGCCGAGUAUGGAUGCACUUGCAGAUCUGGCUUCGAUGCAGAAUCAUCAACCAACCAGGUCAGCUGCACCCUCUUUGAGAAGCAAAGAUUCCUACGAAAGCCAGCUUACACCAUCGACGAUUUUCCCAGUGGUGCAGCCACCCAGCGCAGCAGCAAAUCCACGAGCUUCUUUUGACAUUGCAAUGGCGGAGACACCAAAGCCGGCGGCACGAAUCGACUUUGCUGGAACUUCACUCUCACCAGAAUUGCAAAAAAAUGCAAACGUGUUGGCCGUCGACUUGCAGCAGAACCCGCAUUCCUACGAAUCCCACGCCCAGCUCAUCAGGUUGUUGCACCAAGCAUUUGUCCAUCACGUCUAUCCUCCUACUUCACCUGACGCUCACGGGGAUCCUCACAGCUUUGACCUCCUUCACGACCUUCGCGCUGCAAGGGAGGGUAUGGAUAAAAUCUUUGCCAUUGGCGAAGAUCUCUGGGCAGAAUGGAUCCAGGAUGAGAGCAUGCUGGCGAAGACCAUUGAAGAAAAGAUAUCUCUGAUGGAAAAAUGUUCCAAGGCUGUGACCGAAGAGUAUGGCAGUGUGAAGUUGUGGAUAGUGUAUGGUGAAUGGCUACUCCACACGCACAAGCUGUACCAUCAAACUUCAGAAGAGGCAGCGGCUGGCCUUUCAGAGGAUGAGCGAGAGGUCGGGCAAGAUAUUUUCUCGUGGAGCGUGGUAGUGGAAGUUUGGCAAAGAGGUGCUGAAGAGACGAUGUGGAGGAUGAACGAUAGUCACCUGGUGUGGAACCGAUACAUUGACUUUCUGAUCCAGGACUCACAAAAGACUCGAUCGGAAGAUCUGAUAAGAGAAAUCAAGUUUCUUUUUGAUGCCCGGCUACAGACACCCCAUGCGGACUGGGACGGAACAUUCCAGGCGUUCUCGACCUUCGUUUCAGCUUACAUGGACAAGCAGUACGAGGAAAUCAUGGUGACAACUAAUCGCAAAGCCACAGACGCGAAGUCGAAGUGGGACGCUCGACAGCCAAUGGAGAUUGCGCUUCAACAAGCUCAAGAAGCUGGUGAUCGAGCCGCCGAAUAUGUGGCUCUCGCCAACUACGUGCAAUGGGAGCGAACACUAGCAGGAAGAAAACGAUUCAGCUUCGAUUUGACGAAUGCUCUCUACCAACGGGCUGCCUUGCGCUUUCCCUCGGAUCCUCAACUGUGGGAAGAUCACAUUCUUUACCUGAUUGAAGAAGGUCACGCCCACCGCACCACUGAGAGCGUGCUACCUACGUUGGGGCGAGCCACUCGCCACUGUCCCUGGUCGGGUUCGCUGUGGGCACAAUACCUGCUGAGCUCAGAAAGAGAAGCCCAGAGCUUUUCUCAAACCGAAGACAUCAAGCACAGAGCAACCAACACGGGUCUGCUAGAUGUCGGUGGUGUCGAAGAAGUGAUCAAGGUUUACGCUGCUUGGUGCACGUAUCUGCGCAGACGUGCUUUCCAGGUUGACUCGACAGAUGAGGAUCUUGAUGUUGCCGAAAUGGGCAUCAGAUCCGCCAUCGAGGACCUGCAAGACUUGGCAACCAGGAAAUUCGGUGAAGGCAGCAAUCCUGAUCCCAUGUUCCGACUCGAACGGAUCUACAUCAAGUUUCUGAGCGAGAGCGGCAGCUGGGACACUGCAAGGGAGACUUUUCGAGGUCUAAUCCCCAAACAAGGAGACUCUUGGACAUUCUGGAUCCAGUUCUACAUGUGGGAGAUGAGUUGCUGGGCCAAAUUCAUCCAGCGAGAGAAGACUGAAGAUGGUAACAUUUCCAGGAAAACCCCUGUUCCGCACUAUGCAACCGCUGUCCUGCGUCAGGCGGUCAAGAGAGAAACUCUAGAUUGGCCCGAGAAGGUCAUGUGUGCAUACAUUACACACUGUGAGGAUCAUGAAGAUGUAGAAGAAUUGCAAAUGGCCAUUGUGGAAGUGAGGAAGAUGGAGAAGAUUAUUGCAAGGAGAAGAGAGGUUGAGGCUCUUCAGGCUGCGGCCAAAAGUGAAGCUCAGGCGACGUUACCUCCGCAACAUGCAGCGGAGGCCAUAACGAGGACGAUAGAGGCGAAUACGAGCCCAUCAGGGAAGCGAAAGCGAGGUGGUGAAGACGAGCCAGUUGCUGACUCGAGCAAAAAGAGCAAGAUUGAGGGCGGAAAUGGAAGAGAGGUCAAUGCAACAGUAGCAAGCCGGAAACAAGUCAAGCGGGAUCGUGAACACGCCACGAUACUUGUUCAGAAUCUUCCCGAGGUUGUCACAGAACUCAAGCUACGUCAGUUUUUCCGAGAUUGUGGAAAAGUCAAUAGUCUCAAGAUCAUACAUCAGAAUGGCACAAGUGCUGUCAUCGAGUUCGAUGCACGGGAAGCUGCUCUGUUUGCACAGACACGUGACGGCAAAGACUUUGAAGGACAACCAUUGCACAUACAGCUGGGCAGUGGUUCUACAAUCUUCGUGUCGAACUUUCCACCCACCGCGGAUGAGGGCUAUAUCCGAGAAUUGUUUGACAGAUUCGGGCAGAUUGUCGACGUUCGCUUUCCUUCACUGAAGUACAACACCCACCGCAGAUUCUGUUAUGUUCAGUUCAGAUUGAAUGAACAAGCACAAGCUGCAACAGAGCUGGAUGGACAACAAAUGGAUCAAGAUUUGAAGCUUGUCGCGAAGAUAUCUAACCCUGCUGCAAAGCAAGAUCGGACUGGGCCAAUGGAAGAAGGUAGAGAGGUCUUUUGCAAAAACCUGCACUGGAGCGCAUCAGAGGAGGAUGUGAAGACUCUUUUCAGCAGAUAUGGUAAUGUGGAAUCCGUGAGAAUUCCUCGGAAUGUUAAGGGCCAGAGCAAAGGGUUUUGCUAUGUGGUUUUCUCGUCAGAGGAAGAGGCAAAUGCCGCCACUGCACUGAACGCCCAUUCAUUCAUGUCAAGGGAAUUGCAUGUUGAAAUUUCGAGCAAGAUGGGUGCCAAACGACAAGCAACUACUAUCAUCUCUAGUGUCGACAGAUCGAUGUCUCCGUCCACCGGAGUCAAUGGCGCUGCAGGAUCUCCUUCUGCGAUGUCAACGACAUCCUCGAAUAUCGAGCAACCUUCAGGAGACCGACAAGCUCGCACCAUAGCACUCAUGAACGUUCCUGACACAGUCAACGAUAGUCGUCUUCGAGCCAUCACAGAACCCUAUGGUAGCCUCGUCAAGAUCGUGUUGCGGCCAGAUCACCAAGGUGCAGUCGUUGAGUAUACUGAUGCACAAAAUGCCGGAAAGGCAUCCCUUGGCUUGGAAGGCUACGAGAUCACCCCUGGACGGAAUCUUCGUGUGGGAAUAGUGCCAGAAAUGUUGAGGGAGAAGGCUGAAAGGAAGACUGACAAGAUUCAGAUCGGUAAAGCAAAAAAGGAUAAUCCCGGAUCAACUCAAGCAAGCCUGCAGCCUUCUGGACCAAUACGGAGACCUGGUCAGCAAGCUGGGAGAAGGGGAGGCCUAGGACAGAAAAGAGGUCUAGGAUUCGUUGCUCCAAGUGGCAAGUCUCAACAGGAAGAGCCUACAAAUACUUCGACCCAAGCUGGGAAGAGUAAUGAUGACUUCAGGAGUUUAUUAAACAAGAAAUGA